AUGCGCUCUCGAACCAUGCAACCCUCGUCGGCACUGCUGGCUCUCACUGUGCCCCUCGCCAUCUUCACCCCUGCAGCCUCUGCAGAGACAGUGUUGGGCGCCUAUAUCUUCUCCCGUCACGGAGACCGCACUGCCAAAUCUACCCCGCCUACCGAACUGACCACUUUGGGCUAUGAGCAGGUGUUCACUACAGGCGCCUACUAUCAUAACCGCUACAUCUCCCCCACCUCUGACUUCCGGAUUCUCAACAUAAGUCCGGACAUUGUAAAAACAAAGGAGGUCGUCGCAUCUGCACCCGAAGAUGAAGUGCUGCAGAAAUCAGCCAUUGCUUUCCUGCAGGCGCUUUACCCCCCAGUGGGAGGUGUCGCAAAGUCCACGCUGCGCAACGGGACCGUGGUCGAGGCGCCCUUGAACGGAUACCAGCUCGUAGCCAUCGAACAGGUGUCCACGGGUGGGAAUAGCGAGAAUCUUGCCUGGCUGCAGAGCGCAAGUAAGUGCCAGAAGGCCAAGAUGAGCAGCAACGAAUACUUUACAUCAAAACCCUACGAAGAACUCCUCAGCUCGACGGACGAUUUCUAUAAAUCCAUCGCACCCAUGGUGGAGCGAACGUUCCCGGCGUCCAAAGUCAGCUACAAGGACGCAUAUAUUAUAUGGGAUCUUCUCAACGUCGCCAUGAUCCACAAUUCCACCGACUCUCUCCCAGCCGAUAAGCUGCCCUCCCAGGAAAACUUUGAUCGUCUGCGGGAGCUGGCGGAUGUGCAUGAAUUCAACCUUGCGUACAAUGCCUCCUCCCCCAUCCGGGCAGUCAGCGGUUCAACCCUGGCCGGCGAAGUCCUCUCCGGUCUCAGGGAGGUGAUCACCACCGGUGGCUCCAAGACAAAACUCAACGUUCAGUUUGGUGCCUACGCCAUUUUCCUCUCUUUCUUCGGCCUGUCGAAGCUCUCAGAAACCAACCCCAAUUUCAUGAAGAUCCCCGACUACGCGUCCAGCAUGGCAUUCGAGCUGGUGACCAAUGCCUCCACCUCCUCGUCGUCUCCAUUCCCCAACCAAUCUGACAUCAGCGUCCGGUUCCUUUUCCGCAGUGGCAGCAUAAUUCCCGGUGCUCCCGAGACCGUGCCAGUUGCAUACCCACUAUUUGGCCAAUCGGACACGCUCAUGCCGUGGUCCGAGUUCGAGUCGAACAUGGAGAAGAUUGCUAUUUCUACAGAGAAGGAGUUCUGCAAAGCGUGCAGCGAGACCCCUGAGCGCUGUGAUGGUGGAAGCGAUGAAAGCGAUGGUACAGCUAGAGCAUCGACUGGUGCGGGUAAAAGAGACGGCAUGUCCAAGGCGGUGGCUGGUGUUGUUGGUGCAAUGGUGGCCUUGGCUGCGAUCAUGGGCCUUCAGUCAUUGAUCUUCUUGGCUGGUGGGUUCAGGUUGGUAAAGAAGUCUGAUAUCAAGGCAUUUAGGGAAGUUGAGAGGAAGAUCCAGCCAUGA